AUGGGUCUGAAAUUGGAUGGAUAUGACUCUGACAUUGAUUCUUCGUAUCAUAUAUCUAUUCUUGAUCACGAGCUUUUUAUCAAAGGAGGUUCUGAUCGUGUUAAUACGAAAGAUAGUGACUCUGAUGAUACCGAGGUUUUAUCGGGUCGUGGUACUGAUGAUGAUUAUGGUUUUGAGGAUUAUAUGGGGUCUGAUUCAGAGACGGGUGAAGAUACUGAUGAUAUGGACCAAACAGAUGAGUAUGAUUCUGAGGAUGAUUUUAUUGACGACGAUGAGACUUGUGAAGAAUCUGAUGGUUCAAGUGAUAGCUCAGAAGAUGAUAGCGGUGAUGACGAAGAUGAAGAUGGUGACGAUGCCGAUCCAACUGAUGAUAAUGAAAAUGAUGAUGAAGAUGUUAUGUUGGAUGAUGAGACUGAUAUUGACGAUGAUAGUGAAGAUCAGAGAAACGUCGAAUUGAGUGAUAUACUCAUCGAAAAGAAUAUUAGUAUAUCUGGACACCAGGAUUCGGUUUUACAAACGUGGGUGCAUAUGCUAAUUUCGAAACGUUCUUCCUUGGAGCUCAUAUUGUCGGAUGAACAGGGUGUAAAAAUUCAGGCCACUGUUAGUGAUGGUGAGAUCAGUGUUGCAUCGUCUCGCAUAGAUGUUGGCAAGAUCACUAUAUCUUCCACAUCUCCUACUAAGUUCGACUCAAUCCCCGUAUUCCAGAGUUAG